AUGCCACUUUAUACCAAGUUCUUGAAGGAUCUCCUCAUCAAAAAGGGUAAAUAUAUCAACAAUGAAAGUAUAGUGGUGGAAGGAAAUUGCAGUGCUAUCAUUCAAAGAAUUCUACCACCAAAGUUCAAGGAUCUAGGAAGUGUAACCAUUCCAUGUUCAAUAGGGGCUGUGUUAGUGGGAAAAACACUGAUUGAUUUGGGAGCUAGCAUCAAUUUGAUGCCACUUUCGAUGUGCAGAAGAAUUGGGAAUUUAGAAAUUGUGCCCACAAGAAUGACACUUCAGCUUGCAGACCACUCAAUCACACGACCUUAUGGCGUGGUUGAAGAUGUGUUAGUUAAAGCUGACCCUUUAAUGUUGAUAGCCAAAUUUGUAGUUGAUAUAGGCAAUGGUAACUUGGAAAUAAGUUUUGAUGAUCAUAAGGUUACCUUUAACUUAUUUGACGCAAUAAAGCAUCCAAAUGAUCGCAAGGCAUGUUUCAAAGUGGAAGCAGUUGAGCAAGAAGUUGCAAUGGUGGUUUAA